CAUAUUCAAACUUCCGCCGUGGUGCGUUCUGUUGUCAUCGAUCCUCCUCUUUCUUUGUACACAUCGGGUCAGUUUUCAUACGUCUGGACUUUUUGUUUGCUUUAGCCAUAAAUACGUCUCGGUAUUACUGAUCUCACAACGAAGCCUUCUGCGAAAUGGAAGAAAAUGAAGAAGUUUGUGUAAGGUCGGUGAGAAACAAAAAACCGAAACUACGCAGGAUGUCAUCGAGGACGUCAACUACAUCAGUUAUCAGCGCCGCGUCUCCACAAAUACUGCGGAGAAACAACUCCAAGAAACCUCCACUGCAGAGAGGCAGCUCCUUCACCUUUCUCACUCCUGGGACUCCGUGGGACUUCAGUCUAAAGAGAAAGCGCAAAGAGAAGGAUGAUGACACAGUCAGUCUGUCCAGCUUCGACCUCAAGGAACCCACUAACAAGCGUGUCCGACCUCUGACCAAAGUUUCUUCCCUCGUCAACUUGAUAUCUCCAUCAAAGAAUGGAGCCGUGCGGCGCUUUGGACAGACCAUCCAGUCAAUGUCAUUGCGUGGUGACAGCAAGUCACCAGGGAUGUCCCUCAGAGCUGGCAGCAAGGCAGCAGGUCCCACUCCCACUAAACGCAGAAGCAGCAUGUUGUGGUCGGAGACGCUGGACGUCCAUCAGAAGAGCACUUUCUCCACCAAAGAGAUCAAGAGACAAGAGGCUAUUCAUGAGCUUUACAGGGGAGAGCAGGAUCUCAUAGAAGAUCUCCAACUUGCACGAAAGGCAUACCAUGAUCCGAUGCUAAAACUCUCCAUCAUGACGGAAGAAGAACUAGCUCACAUAUUUGGGGACCUGGAUGCAUACAUCCCCUUACAUGAGGAUUUAUUGAUGAAACUGACGGAGGGAACUGGCUCCGAUGGAACCGUAGCUCAGAUUGGACAGAUAGUUAUAGACUGGCUGCCUGGUCUGAACGCUUACAAAGUAUACUGCAGCAACCAGCUCGCAGCCAAAGCCCUGCUAGACCAGAAAAAGCAGGACAGGCGGGUCCAGGACUUCCUGCAGCGCUGCCUGGAGUCCCCCUUCAGCAGGAAGCUUGACCUCUGGAGCUUCCUAGACAUCCCACGUUCACGCCUGGUGAAAUACCCGCUGCUGCUGCGAGAGAUCCUCAGACACACUCCUCCUGAUCACCUGGACGUAGCCAGUCUGGAGAGAGCUAUCACUAUAAUCCAGGAGAUUCUGUCUGAUAUCAACGUGAGAAAAGGGGAGUCUGAGUGCCAGUACUAUAUAGACAAACUGGAGUAUCUGGAUGAUAAGCAGCGGGACCCUCUCAUAGAUAACUGCAAGACUCUACUUUGUCAUGGCGAGCUGCGGAACAAGAGUGGCUCUAGGCUGCAUGUGUUCCUCUUCUCUGAGCUCAUGAUUAUGACCCGACCGGUGACCCGGAACGACAGGAGCUGCUUCCAGGUGUAUCGACAGCCCAUCCCAGUGCAGGACUUGGCUCUAGAGGACCUGCUGGAUGGAGAGAUCCGCAUGGGGGGGUCCUUCAGAGGGGCUUUCACCAAUGGAGAGAAAACUAAGAACGUUUUCCGUGUGAGCUCUCUGGAUCCCUCCCAUGGCCAGUCCCACACCCUGCAUGUCAAUGAUGUCUACCACAAACAGCAGUGGCUCAACUGUCUGCGUACUGCGAUGGCCCAACAACAGGGGCCUGCACCCAGAGUUCAGCCGGGAGAAGCUGUCAGAGCCAAGCGUCGCUCCUCCACUGUCUCAGCCACCAUGUCUGACGAGGAGACAGACGAGAACUGUCCGCCUGUCUCUGGCCCCAAACUCAGGCCUCAGACACUCUCCAAAGCCCGACUAGACCAGAAGUUACAAGGCUCGCUAAAGAGGAAGGAGACUGGAGUGUAGACAUUUAACCCGACUCAAGGGUUCCUUUCGGACAGAUGUGCGCACCAUGAGUCCUGUUUUGUCACAUGUCUGUCUGUGAAUUUCAUGCAACCACCAUUGUUAUUCUUUUGCUUUGUCCUUGUCUGUAGCUGCACUGAAAAAGGCCUUUUCAAUAGUGUCCGUCCAAAUGUAUUGUCAAAUUUCAGUUUUUAAAAAGUGUAAUUAGUUUACAAAAAAAAGUGAAAUGUGUCUGUAAUGUGUGUUUACACGAGCUAAAUGUGUGUGGAAUUGUUAUGUGUUGACCUACCUAUGUUUAAACAACUUUAUACCACUUGUAGCUGAAAUUCAUUCCAGUUACUGACAUUUUUAAACUUUCUGUUUUUAUUUGCUGCAAUCAAAAUGUCAAUGGAUUUAUAUUUUAGGCCAUAUGUGUGCAGUUGUCAGUUAUUAUAAGUGGUAUCUGUGUUAAGGAAUCAAGAAACUGAGAAACUGUGAUGUCUUCAGCAAUCUGUGCAGCAAGCCGACCAGUCUAAAAAUGUUUGAGGUUAGUUAUGAGAUAAUGAGCAGAAAUUAAGGAGGAACACUGACCAUGAAUAAGAAAUUAAAAACAUUUCUUGAAAGGAAGAAAUUUAAUGAAUUUAGACAAGUUGUUAAAUAGAAAAGGAUACAACAUUUUGUACUUUUAAAAGAGUCUUGGAUAUGAGUGAGAUUGUAUGUUACAACACACCAACAUCCUCUUGGUUGUACUUUGACCGCCUCUGUCACUUCCUUUCACUGUUGACAUAGCUGUUCAGUGUUGCAACAUUUGUCAGGCAAAAUGGGGGGGGGGGGAAAGGAAAACUCUGAAGUGUGCUCCUUUCCACUGUGUUGAAAUCCUACAUCUGCUUAUUGUAGUUUUGUUCAUUUCUAAGUUUAGAAUGCUAGAGUUGUAAAGGCCGUUAGAAAUAAUGUCUUGAAACAUUAAAAACCCAUUAAAAGUCAAAAAUAACUUUUACCUAUUUGCAGUUCGGGAGCACGUUUGACUCCCAUUUACUACCUUCACACUGUAGUUCUUAUCAAAUGCUGAUGACUGCUUGGGGAGACUUGUUCGUAAAUGAUCUGCCCUCUAAACAAGCUUCUUUUUGGCCUGAUAGACUUUGAAUACUGACAAAGCAUUAACAGUGCAGUGUUUAUGUAUUUGCAAAGCUAUCUGAUCUGUGUCUCGUACUAUGCCAUGUUGGGUCCUUGAAUGUGAUGUUUAAGAAGGUGUGGGAACCCUGUUUGCAUGCAAGUAAACUAUAGCUGACUAUCUCUUGCAAUGCUUUGGUUUGUACUUGUGGUAAAGCCAAUGAUUAUCAACAUUUUGAGAGAUGUCAAGAGUGACACGCUAGAUCUUCAGAUAAGAAAAGGAGAUGUACUUUGUCAUGCUUGACUUUAUCAGACUUAUUUAUGCAGAAUUGUAAUGUUUAAAAUUCAAACAGGCAACAUCACUGCAGAGUUUCAUAUGGAAAUAAAAGUGCUCAAAAAGGAA